AGUGAUACCAAGAUUUGGAUAUCCAUUUAACUAGUGGUGGUGGUAGUGCACAAGAAACAUAUGAGAUGAUAAUGUUGUUGCCACACUUUUCUUGCUCUCUCACAAGCUUGCCUUCUCAACACAAUCAUCAUAAUGAACUAUUCCAUCAUAUCAAACCAGUCUUCAAAGAAUCAUAUGUAGUUGGUCCGAUUAUACAACAUAGCAGAUUCACACCUUGUGCUGCUAAAUCCGGUGCUUUCUCUUCGAUAUUUAAGAAGUGUGAGGCAUGUCGAGGCCAAGGUGCCAUAGAGUGUCCUGGAUGCAAGGGGACCGGAAGGAACAAAAAGAACGGUAACAUUUUUGAGCGAUGGAAGUGUUUUGAAUGUCAGGGAUUUGGAUUAAAGAGCUGCCCUCAAUGUGGUAAAGGAGGUCUUACGCCGGAACAAAGAGGGGAGAGAUAGCUUAUUCCAUCUAUAUAACCUUUAUCUUGCUUCUAAGCAUGUACAUAAGCUCGAGUGAACACACAAGCACACAUGUACUAAACUAAAUGCUCAAAUGAUCAUAUUAUAUCAUUUUCUUUCAUGUUAUCUAAUUACUUGACCAACUUCUCUGUAUUCAUAUUAGAAAAGUGGCUAUAUAUAAUACGAAGUAAUAUAAA